UCACCAGAUGUUCCUUUCAUGGGAUACUAUGUGUGCACUUCCCAGGUCAGAGGUCACGAUGACUCCAAAGAUGUCAGACAGUCACUGCAGGACAUUCAGCGGCAGAACCAAUUGAGGAGUGAGCCACCUUUGCCUCGCCGUCAUAAGAGGAGAUGGUCACAGAUUCGCUCAGAGGGAGUCCUUCCCAAACCUGCUCCACAGGAAGAAGAAGAACCGUUCAUAUUAGACCUGAAGAACUUCCCUGAACUGGCCAACGCAGACCUGGGCUCCCAAAACCCAAACAUUCAAGUUACCAUUGAGGUUGUGGACAACCCACAGAUGGAGAUUGAGAUGGACCUUGCCAAAGAGAGCAGGAAUGACUGGUCCUUGAGCUCAGAAGAGUGGCCAGGCCAUAAAAAGCUCUUCUGGCCGCUGUUCUGGGAAUACCAUGACUCCAGUCAAGAGGGUCCCGGGCAAGGCAGUCUGGAGGAGAAUGGAGAGGACCUCAGUUAUGAGGGAGAAGAUUCCCUGUUGAGUGGUGUGGGUGCAGACUGGAACAGACGAUGGAAGGGUUGGGACUCCAUGGACAAUUACGAGUAUGAGGAGGAAGAAUGGAGCGACUGGUCACCAUGCAGCGUCACCUGUGGACACGGGAAUCAAAAGAGGAUUCGUUCAUGUGGCUACGCCUGCACUGCUACAGAAUCACGGACAUGUGAUUUAGAGCGUUGUCCCGAUGACAUAAUUCCUGUGACAGAACCGACUCCUCAUGAAGUGGCAAACAGCACAGAGCUUCUUGGCACAGAUGUUGACAGCUGUGAGAAGUGGCUUAAUUGCAAGAACGACUUCCUCCAGAAAUACUUACACCAGGUCCUGACCGAAUUACCCAACUGCCCUUGCGUCUACCCAUCCGAGGUGGUCUACAGCGCUGUCAACAUUUUCGAUAGGAAGUUGCAAAAGACCUAUCGCUGGCGAGAUGCCAGCGGCCCCAAGGAGAGGCUGGACAUCUACAAGCCCUCUGCAAAGUUCUGCGUUCGCUCGAUGCUCGCCUUUGACAGCACCACGUUGGCUGCACAGCAUUGCUGCUACGAUGAUCACAUGAAGCUCAUCACUCGAGGCAAAGGGGCUGGAGCCCCCAACCUCAUCAGUACCGAGUUCUCCCCGGAGCUUCAUUACAAAGUGGACGUUCUCCCAUGGAUCCUGUGUAAAGGAGACUGGAGCCGUUUUCAUUCGGUUCGGCCUCCCAAUAAUGGUCUACAGUGUGUUGAGAACCCGCAGGAAGACGUCUACAUGAAUGAACUAGAGGAGGCCAGGGAGUACUGAUCCAGAUCAUGGAUUUCACAUCAAAUCAUCCAGUGUUUGCUUAAUUCUGGAGAGUCCUGUGGUACAGUAUGGGCAUCUCACCAGUCUUGAAGUCAAUAAAAGCCUGCUCCUUUUGGAUUGGGCGACUCUUUCACAGAUCUAGACCAUUUAGUGGAUACUAAAUGGAACUCUAGAGAGAUUCAUCUGGAAAUUAAAGCUUAGAUACAUC